GUAAACCAUAACUUCUCCUUUACAUUCUCUUGCUUUCAGUUCCCUUGCGCUGUACUUUAUUCGUUCUAUGGACUUGUUUCUGUAACUAAUUAUCACCACUCCUCAACGCCCCAACCCAUAACCAACAUGCUAACAGGAAGCGGAAUCAAAAUUUUUGCUGGGACUAGCCAUCCAGAACUAGCCGAGAUUAUUGCACGACGCAUUGGUCUUCCUCUGGGUAAAGCAGAGGUUACCCGGAGCCCCAUUGGCGAAACCACUGUCAAGAUCCACGAAUCCGUUCGAGAGGACGAUGUAUACAUCAUCAAUACUGGUUGCGGGGCCGUCAAUACUUCACUCAUGGAGCUCUGCAUAAUGAUCCAUGCCUGCAAGAUUGCCAGUGCGAAGCGGAUAACAGCCGUCAUCCCCCUCUUCCCCUAUGCCCGACAAGACAAGAAAGACAAAAGCAGGGCGCCGAUCACUGCGAAGCUGGUAGCGAACAUGAUCCAGAAGUCGGGAUGCGACCACGUUAUCACUAUGGACCUACAUGCAUCUCAAAUCCAGGGUUUCUUUGAUGUUCCGCUAUAUGCAGAGCCUUCUAUCAUCCUCUACAUUCGCACCCACUUCGAUAUCAAGGAUGUGGUUAUCGUCUCGCCCGAUGCAGGCGGUGCCAAACGUGCUACGUCGAUAGCGGAUCGACUUGGGGUUGACUUUGCACUUUUCCACAAGGAGCGCAAAAAGGCGAACGAGGUCUCGCGGAUGGUCCUCGUUGGGCAUGUCACAGGGAAGAUCGCGAUUCUUGUUGAUGACAUGGCAGACACCUGUGGGACACUCUGCUUGGCGGCAUCACACCUCUCGGAAGCGGGGGCCACCAAGGUCUUUGCGUUUGUAACGCACGGUAUCCUCAGCGGUAAAGCGCUUAAAACCGUGGAGGAGAGCACUCUGGAGAAGUUGAUUGUGACGAACACACUUCCGCAACAGCAUAACCAGGCUUUGUGCAAGAAGAUUGAGGUCAUUGACGUCGGGAAGGUGCUUGGGGAGGUGAUUCGACGUAGCCACUACGGAGAGAGCGUUUCGAAACUAUUCAACGAGGUUCCAUAUUGA